UUUUGUAUCAUUAUAAAAGUGCAUUAUUUGUAGGUUUUAGACUGUUUCUAUUUAUUUUAAAAUGUAUGUAUGAGAAUAAGAAUAAUUUCAAGAGUCAUUUUCACAAUUCUCCGGAGAAAUUAUUUGCUUAAUCAGGGUAGAAAAACGAGUGAAACUCAGUGUGUUUCAGAAUAGUGCUCACAAAAGAAGUUCGAAAAAAUGGACCACAAAAAUUGCUCGAAAAUGCAUCGCAGUGAACAUUCGCGAAGUCGAAGCAAAAUUCUUCACACAAACAAUGACAGUUCUUUAUGGGUUUUUACAGUAGAGCAACAGAGAGGAGGGGAUGGCGGCCAUGUUUCACUCAAACUCUGACAGAUAGCAAUGGGAUUUCCCAUAGGAGGGAAGAGCAGAAUUUGCUUCGACUUCGCGAAUAGCAGUGAAGAUAAUGGUGUCAAGUCUGAGGAAAAAUCAGCAUCUCGAAUGAUAUGUUUUGUUCCCAGUUGUAAACAACGAUAUAAGCGAGGAAUAUCGUUCCACAGUUUUCCACCACAAAGCGAUAAAAUACGAUACCGGAUCUGGACUCAGCGACUCCGGCUGAAUAUAGAGCCACUGAAGACAUCCCGUAUAUGCAGCCUCCAUUUCAGUAUCGGAAAUUUCAUUACUCCAGCCUCGGAUCGUAUGACUGAUCGAUUAAUCUUAAAGCGAUCAGCUGUUCCCGAUACCAAUUUACCAGAAGCUCCUGUUUCGUCAACCAAAAAGAAGCUGAAGGAAGGGAGGGCUAUGCGUGCUGCUAACCGAUCUGAAAACAAGCUCGUAUUAGAAAAGGCAAAUAUGAUCCCAGAUGUUGACACCGAUGGAGGAAACAAUGAGCAACCGAUGGAAAUUUACCAUCCUCCCCCGAUCGACUGUGCAGUUCAAGUUAACACAAUCGAAUUGGAUAACCUCAAAAGGAAACGUACUUCUGCGGUCAUUUUUGGGAACGAUGACGAUUUAUUGGCGUGGACAGGACUAAAAUCAUCGGCAAUGCUGAAGGCUAUUGUGAAAUCAGUGACACUUUUGGAACAAUACCGUAGUAGGCCCCAUUCGUCUGUUACAUUGGAAGAAGAAGUCUUGAUUGUUUUUAUCAAGUUAAAACUAAUAUUUCCUUCCGGUGUAUCUCCGUACUUUUUCGGCUACAUAAGCAUACAGUUUCUAAUUGUUUCCAAAGAAUUCUACCGUUUCUAACCGCUGCCCUAAAGUGUGCUAUAUACUGGCCUACAGAAGAACUGGUAAAGAAAAAUAUUCCCCAUUACUUUAGGCCUGAUUUUGAAGAUGUUAUCGUAGUAUUAGACUGUACUGAAAUCCCCAUCAUGAAACCAAAAUGUCUGCAUUGCAGAAUCAACACAUAUUCACAUUACAAAUCACGUGAAACAGCCAAGUACCUGGUAGGAGUAACGCCCGCCGGAAGCAUCUCUUUUAUAAGUUCUGCGUAUGGGGGCAAAAUCUCCGACAAACAAAUUGUUUUGGAAGAAAAAGUACUUGAUCGCGUUAAGCCUGGACAAGCAGUUAUGACUGAUAAAGGUUUUAUGAUUGGGGAGGAAUGUAAAACACGAGGAGUCAAGCUAGUUAGACCGCCUUUUCUGAAUGCUCCCCAAAAACAAUUAAGCAGAUUGGAAGCCACACAAAAUAUUUCAAUAGCGGCCGCAAGAGUGCACGUUGAACGCGCCAUACAAAGAAUAAGAAUCUUUUCUUUCUUUAAUUGUAAAGUGGAUACUCGAUUUCUACCCGUGUUAGACGAUCUAAUGAUCAUUGCCUGUGCAGUAGUCAAUUUGUCAAAUCCGAUACUCGCAUACAAGAGAUUCUAAAAUAAUUUUAUUCAAACUGUCAAUUUAGUUUUUA